AGAAAGAGAAGCGGAAGAAGAAGAUGACUCGUACAAAGUGUUUACAUCUUUCUUGACUUCGUGCUGAAGUUAAUUUGAUCAGCAUCGCAUGGGAAAUAUAUGACUGUUUGCAGUGAAGAUGUCUUCAGUUCCGCCCCAGAGAGAGAUUAGCAACGAGCAGGAAACUCCUGCUGAAGAAACCUUCAUGGAGUUCAAAGAAGUGGCCGUGAAGCCAGAGGAAGAGAUGGAUGAUCAGCUCAGGCUGCUGGAGCUCAGCCGGAUCCCCCCGAUAAUCUUACAGCGAAUAGAUCCCCAAAAAACUUGGGUCUGUAAUGAGGAGGAGGUUCACACUGAGCUCAGCAACCAGGAGGGAAUCUCCUCUUUAUAUAAAGAACCAGAACCUCUGCAGGUAAAACUGGAGAAAAAGGAACAAGAACAUCAAAAGUUUAAAGAGGAAGAGCGGCAACUCUGCAUCAGUCAGGUUGAAAAGCAACUUGUGCUGAAACAGGAGACUGACAUUUUAAUCAUUCAUUCUAAUGUGCAAAGACUCCACAAUGAAACAGAACAAUACAGGAACCGUCUCAUCGCUCCGGCCUCCAUUGAAGUUGAGAACCGGGAUCAGGAAGGAAACAAUAAUGAUGACCCAAGAAAAAGGAUAGAAGAGCAGAAGGAGAAUGACAGAUAUGAGAAACACAAACAGCAGAAAGGCAAUGCUGAAAUUUCAAAACAAAAAACCAACAAGCAAAGUCACCCCAACCAAAAUAUAUAUUCUUGUAAAAUUAGCUAUGAAAACGUUUCUCUAACAAGUCACUUGAGUUCACACAUGAGAACACAUACGGCUAAAAAGCCUUUCACAUGUACAACUUGUGGAAAGAGUUACAUUAGUAGAAGUGGUUUAACUCAUCACAUGAUGGCUCACACAGGGGAGAAGCCUUUCACCUGUGUGAACUGUGGAAAAUGUUUUGGUCAGAAAAGUGUUUUAAAAACACACAUGAGAACUCACACAGGAGAGAAGCCUUUCACAUGUUUGACCUGUGGAAAAACUUUUAUUCAAAAAGGUAAUUUAGAAAUACACAUGAGCGUUCACACAGGUGAGAAGCCUUUCACCUGCGUGAACUGUGGAAAAUGUUUUAGUCUAAAGUGUUAUUUAAAAAUUCACAUGAGAACUCACACAGGUGAGAAGCCUUUCACAUGUGUGAACUGUGGAAAAAGUUUUGGUCAACAAAGUGCUUUAAAAACACACAUGAGAUGUCACACAGGAGAGAAGCCUUUCACAUGUUUGAACUGUGGAAAGAGUUAUAGAGAUAGACGUGAUUUAACUUGUCACAUGAGAGCUCACACAGGUGAGAAGCCUUACACAUGUGUGAACUGUGGAAAGAGUUAUAGAGAUAGACGUGAUUUAACUUGUCACAUGAGAACUCACACAGGUGAGAAGCCUUACACAUGUGUCACAUGUGGGAAGAGUUUCAGUUAUAAAACUCUUUUAAAUUAUCACAUGAGAAUUCACACAGGUGAGAAGCCUUUUGCAUGUGUGACCUGUGGGAAGAGUUUCACUUAUAAAACUCUUUUAAAUUAUCACAUGAGAAUUCACACAGGUGAGAAGCCUUUUGCAUGUGUGAACUGUGGAAAAUGUUAUAGUCUAAAAAGCAAUUUAAAAAUUCACAUGAGAAAUCAUACAGGUGAGAAUCUUUUCACAUGUCUGACCUGUGGAAAAUGUUUUUCAAAAAAUAAUAAUUUGGCACGUCACAUAAGAACUCACACAGGUGAGAAGCCUUUUGUAUGUGUGACCUGCGGAAAGAGUUACAGUGAUAGAAGUACUUUAACUUAUCACAUGAGAAAUCACUCAGGGGAGAAGCCUUUCACGUGUUUGACCUGUGGAAAAAGUUUUACAAAAAAUAGUACUUUGGUACAUCACAUGAGAACCCACACAGGUGAGAAGCCUUUCACAUGUUUGACCUGUGGAAAAACUUUUGCAAAAAAUUAUUAUUUGACACGUCACAUGAAAACUCACUCAGGUGAGAAGCCUUUUGCAUGUGUGACCUGUGGAAAAUGUUUUACACAAAAUAGUAGUUUGGCACGUCACAUAAGAAUUCACACAGUUGAGAAGCCUUUUGUAUGUGUGACCUGUGGAAAGGGUUACAGUGAUAGAAGUACUUUAAUUUAUCACACGAAAACUCACUCAGUGGAGAAGCCUUUCACAUGUUUGACCUGUGGAAAAUGUUUUACAAAAAAUAGUAAUUUGGCACGUCACAUGAGCGCUCACUCAGGUGAGAAUCAUUUCCCAUGUGUGAAGUGUGGAAAGAGUUUUACAAAAAAAGACAGUUUGAUACAUCACAUGAGAACUCACACAGGUGAGAAGCCUUUCUUGUAAGACCUUUUGAAAGAGUAAGUGAUAUACAUAUUUUAACUGUUCACCUGAGAAGUCACAAAGGUGGAAAAGACAUUAUGAAUUUUUUUUGUGAAAAAUAUUAGACAAAGGGGGCGCUGGUGAGCAAUGGAGAAGUAGGCAGCGUUUCCCUAGAGUUCCUGCAAAUUUUGAAAGAUUUUUGCCACUAACUUGAUAUUUGGACAGUUCUACAAUAGGUUGGGAGACAUAACAAUCUACACUUCAUUUAACUGCACCAGGAUAUGAUGAAAGCAAACUUGAGGAUGCAUGCCUCCAACAAGGACAAGAAAGGGAAAGAACCAGGCUCAGCCGCCCCGGACUCGCCUGAAGGUAGCUAUCCCACGGCUAAUGCUACCAUCCAAGAGGCUAUAAACUCUCUCCGCACAGAACUACAAGUCACCAAGUCAGACAUUUGUCAGACAAUAGACACCCGCAUCGAAGAGGUGUCCGCCACUAUCAGAGGAGAACUUCUCGCCCUCAAAACAGAGACUCAAAAUGCCAUUCACGGGUUGAAAACAUCCAGCGACCAACAUGGCACAUCCAUUGCUGAACUAGAACGAGCGGCCACACAGUCUUAGGACACCAUAACCACGCUACAGUCAGAGAUAAAACGUCUACGCACAGAAACGAAUCAACUAACAGAAAAAUACAUGGAUCUUGAAGGAAGGUUCAGACGACAAAACAUACGGAUCGCAAUGUUAAAAGAAGGGGCAGAGAAAGGCGCAGAAUUAAACGGAUUUGUCUCACAGCUCCCGAAAGACGUGCUGACUUUGGAUGACUUACCGCAGGUGGACCGCGCUCAUAGAGCUCUACGAAGGCGUCCAGAUGACACAGGACCUCCUCGGGUGUUGGUGGUGAGACUCCACUAUUACCGCGAUGUUACUAUGAUUCUCCGGAAGGCCAUGACUCAAAGGAACCUGGCUUACCGCAGGCAGAAGAUCCACAUCUUCCCUGACUUUGCCCACGAGAUCGCAAAACGCAGAGCUGCAUUUAACGGUGUCAGAGCACUUCUUCGGGACAAGCCGGGAGUUCGGUAUGGACUUUUAUAUCCAGCAAAGCUGAGAGUGACUUUCAGAGGAACAGAAACAACGUUCACACAUGCGAAAGAAGCCCAGAGGUUCGCGUAGGUCCAUUUUGGCACAGGCGGAGACAAGGCGGGCGGAGACAAGGCGGGCGGAGACAAGGCGGGCGGAGACAAGGCGGGCGGAGACAAGGCGGGCGGAGACAAGGCAAGCGGCCCCGUGGCGGACACCUGAUGCAAAUGGGGAAUGGCUGGAUCUUAUAGUUCUCAAAGUUGGACUGUCCUGUGAUGUUUACCCAGCUAAGUUUACAUAAUGUUUAGAUUGUUCAUUUUGGUUACAUAAUUAGUUGCUGUAAGGUUAUUUAGUUUAGUGCUUAAAUUUUAUACCACUGCAGAGCUUUUCUCAACUUCUAAUUAGGCGUUUAGGAGUUAAUAGUGAGGGAAGUUGUUAGUUGAGUAGGUUAAUGUCUCUUUGUUGUUUGAUUGUUACUCUUAAUUUAAUUUCUUUGUUUAUCUUGUAAUUUAUAACUUCCUUAGAGGGGUCGCGCCUUACUUUGCAGACUCUUCUUAGUAUGGGCAAGACAGUAACCAUUUUGUUUGACGGGGUGGGCUGGGACUUAUAUAUGAUGUAUAAUCAUCUCUUUCACAUUUAUGAGGACCUCUAUAUUAUUGUUCAUUCUAUGCUGAGUUAUGCAGGUUAAUACAACACAUACAAAGAAGGGCGGACAAGUUACCUUGGUCACAUGGAAUGUUAAAGGUUUGAAUAAUCCUGUUAAGAGGGGUAAGAUAAUGGCACACCUAAAGACACUGUCAAGUGAUGUAAUUUUCCUUCAGGAAACCCACCUCAAUAAGAAUGAGCACAUAAAACUGAGAUGUAGGUGGACAGGACAAGCUUAUCAUUCUACUUGUGCAGUGAGAGCUAGAGGCGUGGCAAUAUUAUUCAAGAAAGGUACACCUUUUACUCAUAAAAAUCAACCAUAUCCGACAGGGAAGGCAGAUAUUUAAUAUUAGUUGGAGAACUGUACUCUGUUCCUAUAACUCUGGUUAACAUAUAUGGCCCCAACAUAGAUUCUCCACUUUUUUACAAACAUGUCUUAGCCCAAAUACCUGACAUUUCACAGACUAGUUUAAUCAAUGGAGGGGACCUGAACCUUGUUUUAGAUCCAUACUUAGAUCGCUCGUCAACACGUAGAGCGCCAGUCUCUAAGGCUAGUAUUUUCCUUAAGGAAUACAUAAAUAAUUCUAAUUUGUUCGAUAGCUGGAGGAUUUUUAAUCCACAAGGGAGAGCCUAUUCGUUCCACUCAAACGUUCACAAUGUGUACACACGGAUUGAUUAUUUAAUGUUGGAUGCAAAAUUAUUGCCAUAUACUAGUGAAGUAAAAUAUCACAAUAUAGCAAUCUCAGACCACGCCCCUCUUUCUCUAGAGUUACAUCUAGAUAAUUUGAACCAAACUGAAAGAACAUGGAAAUUAGACCCACAACUGCUGAAAGAGCCAAAAUUCUGUAAAUUUAUCAGAGAGCAGGUUACUUUUUUCUUUGAAAUGAAUGACCUUCCAGGAACGUCUCCCUCAAUACUGUGGGAAACUAUGAAGGCAUAUUUAAGAGGCAGCAUUAUAUCUUUCCGAACAGCAAGAAGGAAAAGGAAUCAUGCAGAGCUGGUGGAUUUAGAGCAACAAAUUAAGCAACUGGACAAGGAUAACGCUACACACCCCUCUACAGAAACUCAUAAAAAAAUUAUUUCAUUGAGGUACAAAUAUAAUCAAUUAUUGUCAGAUCACAUUACUAGAGCUCUUAUUUUUACUCAACAGAAGUAUUUCAAAUUUGGGGAAAACCUUAUAAAUUAUUAGCUAGACAAUUAAGGAAAAUGGAAAGUGACCGUACAAUCAAUAAAAUUAAAUCAGAAAUUGGAGAAAUUUUAACCUCACACAAAGACAUUAAUCAUAGAUUUAAACAGUUUUAUGAAUCGUUGUAUUCUUCCAAAGCAGUAAAAGACGACUUAACUAUA